GUUUUAUUUUGAAAUCAAUCAAUCAAUCAUUGUUUAUUUACAUAGCCCUAAAUCACAAAUGUCUCAAAGGGCUGCACAAGCCACGACAACAUCCGGGGAUCAGCGCCCAAAUAAGGGCAAGGAAUGACUCACAACCCAGUGGGACGUCGAUGAGAAUGACUAUGAGAAACCUUGGAGAGGACCGCAAAUGUGGGUAAACCCAACCUCCUCUUGGGGUGAUCGGUGCAAUGGACAUCCAGUGGGUCUAGCAUAAUAUUGUGAAAGUCCAGUCCAUAAUGGAUCUAAUAUAAUAGUGAAAGUCCAGUCCAUAGUUGAUCUAACAUAAUAAUGAGUCCAGUCCAUUGUGGAUCUAAUAUAAUAGUGAGAGUCCAGUCCAUUGUGGAAAUUAACAUAAUAGUGAGAGUCCAGUCCAUAGUGGAUCUAACAUAAUAAUGAGAGUCCAGUCCAUAGUGGAUCUAACAUAAAAGUGUGAGAGUCCAGGCCACAGUCCAUAGUGGAUCUAACAUACUAGUGUGAGAGUCCAGUACAUACUGGAUCUAACAUAAUAUUAUGAAAGUCCAGUCCAUAGUGGAUCUAAUAUAAUAGUGAGAGUCCAGUCCAUAGUGGAUCUAACAUAAUAAUGAGAGUCCAGUCCAUAGUGGAUCUAAUAUAAUAGUGAGAGUCCAGUCCAUAGUGGAUCUAACAUAAAAGUGUGAGAGUCCAGGCCACAGUCCAUUGUGGAUCUAACAUAAUAGCGAGAUUCCAGUCCAUAGUGGAUCUAAUAUAAUAGUGAGAGUCCAGUCCAUAGUGGAUCUAACAUAAUAGUGUGAAAGUCCAGUCCAUAGUGGAUCUAACAUAAUAGUGAGAGUCCAGUCCAUAGUGGAUCUAACAUAAUAAUGAGAGUCCAGUCCAUAGUGGAUCUAACAUAAACGUGUGAGAGUCCAGGCCACAGUCCAUAGUGGAUCUAACAUAAUAGUGAGAGUCCAGUCCAUAGUGGAUCUAACAUAUUAGUGAGAGUCCAGUCCAUAUUUGAUCUAACAUAAUAGUGAGAGUCCAGUCCAUAGUGGAUCUAACAUAAUAGUGAGGGUCCAGUCCAUAGUGGAUCUAACAUAAUAGUGUGAAAGUCCAGUCCAUAGUGGAUCUAACAUAAUAGUGAGUGUCCAGUACAUAGUGGAUCUAACAUAAUAGUGAGAGUCCAGUCCAUAGUGGAUCUAAUAUAAUAGUGAGAGUCCAGUCCAUAGUGGAUUUAACAUAAUAGUGUGAGAGUCCAGUCUAUAGAUGAAAGCCAAGUUCAAAUUUGAAAUUCAACCACGGCGACUACGGCAAGCUUAGCGACCGCCCUUGUCACUUGUCGUAAUGUUUGAAUGACAAUAAAAAAGGAAGUCUAUGUCUAAGUCUAAUUUUAAAACUUACUACUUGUGUCUUAACAAUCAGACAUGAAUUGGAAUUUAUUUUUUACAAUAAAUUGGAAUUUAUUUUUUACAACAAAUAGCUGUCUGCAGAUGAUUGCAUUGUGAGUUUUGUUCGCAUGGUGUCACUGCUUGUUAGGAGAAAAAAGCCCUACUUGACCGCGUCAGUGCGCCUGCGCGUUAGUGGCGGCGUGCGCUUGCACUUUGAUCGUUCGCUCCCUGGCUCAUGCGCAUCUUGUCUUUUGCUUAGUGGAUUUAUUCGUUGUUCCCAAUCAUCCAGACGCGUUUCCCUGCAAAGAUUCCCAUCUUGGACUUUAAAUCGAUCCAAAAUGGUUGGACAAGGACGCGCGUCAUUGCCGCGGCGCUUCUUGCUCCGCAUCUUUUGUUCGCAUCUCCUGUUUCAUUUCACCGCAGCGCAGCUCCGGUACUCCAUUCCUGAAGAAGUGACGGCUGGUGCGCUUGUUGCGAAUAUUGCAAAAGAUCUGGGAUUGGAUGUGAGCGCGCUAAACGGGCGAGGAAUCCGCGUCGUUGCCGGCCCGGCCGAGCCUUUGUUUGUUCUGACGGAUAACGGGAUGCUGAGAGUGAGGACGAACAUAGACCGAGAGGAGGUUUGCGAGCGCAUCAGUCCUUGUGUUGUCAACAUUAAAAUAGUGGUGGAGAACCCACUGGAAGUGCAUUAUGUCGCCGUGGAGAUUGUGGACGUAAACGACCACCCACCCACCUUCCCGGACAACGUGACGCGUUUGGAGAUCUCGGAAUCUGCGCUACCUGGCGCGCGGUUUCAGCUGCAGAGCGCACACGACCCGGACAGCGACGCGUAUUCCGUCCACUCGUAUAAAAUCAGCCAAAAUGAGCAUUUUCGUCUGGAGGUAAAAGAUCGUGGGGAAGACGGGAAAAUCCCAGUUUUGCAUUUGCAUAAAGCUCUGGACAAAGAACGUGCGAGAAGUCACAGGCUGCUGCUGACUGCAAUGGACGGUGGAAAGCCCGCCAGGUCUGGGACCACCGAUAUUUUAAUAAACGUCUUGGAUGUAAAUGACAAUAUGCCAAUUUUUAACUCGGACUCCUAUUCCGCAGUGCUUAGGGAAAAUGCAGCAAUUGGCACCACUAUUCUGCAGGUAAACGCUACAGAUUUAGAUGAUGGGUUAAAUGGGCAGGUGGUAUAUUCCUUUGGGAAUAAUGUCAAUCAUAAAUUACGCAAGGUUUUUGAUGUCGAUGCGGAUACUGGAGAAAUUAUAGUUAAAGGGCUUAUAGAUUUUGAAGCAAAAGACAAAUAUGAAAUUGACAUCAAAGCAUCCGAUAAAGGAUUUGUUCCCCUGGAAACAGAGAAAAGUGUCAUAAUAACCAUAGUGGAUUUAAAUGACAAUACACCUGAGAUUGAGGUGACGUCUUUUUCAAGCGCAAUUGCAGAGGAUUCCAAACCCGGCACGACCGUCGCAUUGAUAAGUGUAAACGACCAGGACUCGGGCGUCAAUGGAAAGGUCAUGUGUCAUGCCAGCGACGGCGUCCCUUUCAUGCUGACGCCCUCUUUACAAGAGAAUAUGUUCUCUCUCGUCACCAAAUCUCACCUGGACAGAGAGCAUCAGUCCAAGUACGACGUGACGAUCGUGGCAAAGGAUGCCGGCGAGCCGCCUUUGUCCUCGCACAAAACUAUCAGCGUGACCGUUGCUGAUGUGAAUGAUAACAGUCCGGAGUUUUCCAGUAAUCCAUAUACUUUUUAUGUGAACGAAAACAAUGUAGCGGGGGCCCUUUUGUUUUCAGUGAGCGCCCAUGACCGGGAUGACGGUGAUAAUGCUAUUGUGUCGUUUGACAUUGUGAGAAGUGGCGACGAGCCCACAUUAGCCACAUCGUUUUUGAGCAUCAACUCUGAAAAUGGACAAAUAUCGGCGUUAAAAAGUUUCGACUUUGAGACGCUGAAAAGUUUCCAGUUCCAAGUGGUGGCCACAGACGGUGGAAGUCCUCCACUGAGCAGCAACGUGACAGUGAAGGUGUUCAUUCUGGAUCAGAACGACAACGCUCCAGUCAUCCUGUAUCCAGUCAGCUCCAACGGUUCUGCUGAAGGUGUGGAGGAGAUUCCCCGCAAUAUGAAAGCAGGAGACUUGGUGACUAAAGUCCGAGCCUAUGAUGCUGAUAUAGGAUAUAACGGCUGGUUACUGUUUUCACUGCAGCAAGUCACUGCCCACAGUCUCUUUACUUUGGACCGCUAUACGGGCCAGAUCAGAACACUUCGCUCCUUCACAGAGACGGACGAGGCUGAGCAUGGACUGCUCAUACUGGUCAAAGACAACGGCAACGUUUCCCUGUCAGCAACAGCUACUGUGACUGUCAAACUUGUGGAGCCCAAAGAGGCUUUUGCAGCUUCUGAUGUCAAACGUGCAGCAGCAAAAGUGGAGGAGGAGGACCACAAUGUGACUUUUUACCUCAUCAUCACUUUGGGCUCGGUCUCGCUGCUCUUUGUCAUCAGCAUCAUCGUGCUGAUCGCCAUGCAGUGCUCCAAAUCCACAGAGUACACUUCCAAAUAUCUCCAAGACGCUAAUUAUGAUGGGACACUGUGUCACAGCAUCCAGUACAGAUCAGGAGACAAACGCUACAUGCUAGUUGGACCCAGAAUGAGUAUAGGUUCUACUAUAGUCCCGGGCAGCCACGCCAACACUCUGGUGCUCCCUGACAGGAGACACACUUCUUCUGGGGAGCCCAAGGUACCAAAUUCAGACUGGAGAUAUUCAGCCUCCCUGAGAGCAGGUGGCGUGAUGCAGAGCUCAGUGCAUAUGGAGGAAUCAUCAGUGAUGCAAGGAGCCCAGGGGGUUCUGGUCCAGAACUGGCCCACAGCAUCCAGCGCUGCUGAUGCUGAAGGAGGAGAGGUGUCACCCCCAAUGGGCGCCGGAGUCGACAGCAACAGCUGGCACUUUCGCUACGGCCCAGGAGGCCCAGGUGCACCCCCCCAGCACCUCAAGCCUGGCGAGGUUCCCCCCGAGGCGUUCAUCAUCCCCGGGUCCCCAGCCAUAAUAUCCAUCAGACAGAACCAGGGAGGGGAGGACGACAAGAGCGACUUUAUCACCUUUGGCAAGAAAGAGGAGGCCAAGAAGAAGAAAAAGAAGAAGAAGGACAAAAAAGACAAGAAGGAUAAGGGCAAGGAUGACGACGAGUAAAGAGGAAGAAAGUGAAAUUUGGCAAAUAGUGGAAAAAAAAACGAAAAAAAAGGGCGUUGCUAAAACAGAGGUACCAACCAAAGUCCAAUGAUCAAAAAAGAAAACGUGAAUAUGGACUUCUGCAAUCCUGUUUUGUUUGUUUUUAACCCGGCCUUACCAAGGUUUCAUUUACCUCUCGUCCACGACUGAGGUAAAUUAUUGAUCUUGCCUUGAUAAACAAUAAGAUGAUUGAUUUUGAGCCACGCCCCCAUGUGCCUAUACACCCCUAAGUCAACCACACGUGCUUAGAAUCAACAGCUCCUGAUUCUUUUUUCUUUUUUUUUGGCCUCCCUGGGCGUGUUGGCACCUCUGUAUUACCCCCUCCCCGAUGACGAUGAACCAUUCUCUGUGAGAGAAGACAGAAGAAAAAGACGAAAGCUCUGUGCCAGCCAGGGAAAAGAAGAGCGAUGGAGACGUGCUAUACGUGCAUUCUAGAGCUGGACACCCUCACACACUACUUGUAAAUAGCACCGGGGAGACUCACUGAAACUAAGGCUAACACACACACACACACACACACACACACACACACAGCUGCAGAGUCCUAACUCACCAACGGUGUUUCCUGCAAUCUCGAUGAAUCCACAUGCACGCAUGCGAACACAGACCUUGCCAUGCGGACACUGACAGCACUUGAGACCUGGAGAGAAAAAUAAAAUAAAAAAAAAAAAAAAGAAGAGGAAAAAAAACAAAAAAAACGUGCUGAUUUGACACUGCAAGCUUUUUUUUGGUCACCUAUGGGGUGUGCACAUCAACUCUCAGGAUCGGAGGAGCAUCCCUUUUGCUGUCACUCUGUACUCGCGCACUGCUUUUAAAAAAGGACCGAGGGUGCUCCCCCUCCCGCCGCGAGCCCGAUGCAGAGAGCGCCGGGUCGUUGGAGGGACGGGAAGAUCCACGAGAGGAAGAAGUCGUUGGACUCUGAAGAAAACAAGCAGAAUAGUAUUCGCAGAAGCUUGAGAUUUUGAUAACACCCUCUCUUGUCCUCCCCCCCAAUGCUGCAGCAAAAGCUGAGAGCUUUCUGCUUUGAAUGUUUGGUAGCAACCAGCUCAUACCUGAUACCUUUUACCUUCCACCCGCUUGUGCUCCCCCGUCCAAUCAGAACCCAUCCCCCCCCCCACUGACGGCCUCAUCAUGCCGUUCUCUCAAGAGAUUCACAGUACAGGUUUUGGCAUUUGUACAUUCCCCCUGAUUCUUGCAUGUCCACCGUCCUAGCCCCCAACCCCCCCGCCCGGGAUCCAUCCUGACUACAAGGCCUGUUUGGAACAUUGUGGUGUGCUGACACCAGCAUGGAGUAAUGUGGGACCAGGCCCGUCCGGAGGCGGGGAGGAGCGUGCAUCUCGAACUCUGGUCUCUAAAACUGCAAAACGGUUCAGUGCUUUUAACUUGUGAAUACAACACUAGGCUGUCCACUUCCUGUUUGUCCGCCGCCGCUACAGUGAGAGGGGGGUGAAGUGGGAUUUGACGCAAAUGGCGGUGUCGAAGACCCGAGGAGGCGGGUGCCGUGGGCUGGCCCUCCGCCCUCAAGUUUGAUUGUUCGGAUCCAGCUUUUAUGUACGCUUUAAAUGUAUCGUAGAUAGAUUGUCUCAAUAUUAAACUAACCUGUUCAAAAUUCAAUAUGGCAUCUGCAGGGGUUUCCUGUCGACAUUUAAAGCCCCCCACGCCCCAAUCCUCUCUCACAAGGCGAUGAGGCUGAGACAUGCUUCUGCCCCCCCCCCCCCCCCUGCCUGUAACAUGUCCCCCAAAGUUGUGCGGCUCAGUAUGAUGUCACUCCAUGAAGUGGCGGCUGCAUGUACUGCUCUAAGGAAACACAUACUAUAUAGAGAAAUAUAUAUAUAAAUAGAUUGCUAUGAUUUGAUUAUUUUUUUGCUAUUAUCAUUUUUGUUUCGUCAUUACUCACACGGGAAAUAUUUGUACGUACUUCUCUCGUCCAUGCCAAAACAUCUAUGUAUUCAAUUCCUCACGCUCCGCAGAUGUUGUUCGGCAUCCACUAAACCUCUUUCGAUAUUUGUAACGCUAUAGUGUGAUACCUUUUUAAUGCAACCUUUUUUUUUAUUUUUCUCCAAACGUAUCAUUUAUGCCAGGGGUCGGGAACCUUUUUGGCUGAGAGAGCCAAAAAGCCAAAUAUUUUAAAAUGUAUUUCCGCAAGAGCCAUAUAAUAUUUUUUUUUAACACUGGACACAACUAAACGCGUGCAUUUUUAAGUAAGACCAACAUUUCUAGAGUAUAAUAAGUCUCUUAUACUUUGUAAUAACAUUGUUAUUCCGAAGGAGGGGGCGUGGCCCGCAGGCCUGCAGCGAACUGGGGUGUGCCAGAACCAACCUCGAAAUCAGCGAGAGCUGCAAAGAUGGCUCACCUGAGCCUUGUUAUCUAAUCACCUGUCGCUCUGCUAUAAGCAGCAGCCAGGAGGAGAGAUGGGGUUGGGGCUGGAGCCAGAGCGAGAACCAAGGUAAAAAUACAAUAGCUGGAAAGCACCUGAGAGACUUAUUGAAAAAUAAAACAAUAGUGUAACCCUGAAACGGGCUCUCAUGUCGGUGCUUGGUGGUCUGAAGAACCCCCAGGAGGACAAGCCCCACACUAACCAAUAAUAAAUAAAUAACUUCUUAACGCAACUUCUUGAACAGGUGCGGUAGUAAACGGAUGGAUGGACUAAAAAUGCAUGAGAAUGUUUUAUGUUUUGAACAUUAUUUUUAACACUUAUUACAAGUGGAAUUAUCCAUUACUUAUCAUGUUAAGCAAUGUCAGCUCAGAUUUAUACGAGAGCCAGAUGCAGUCAUCAAAAGAGCCACAUCUGGCUCGAGAGCCAUAGGUUCCCUACCCCUGGUUUAUGCUUUUAAAAACAAGCAACAGGAAAAAAAGAAGAAAAAGAACAAAAAAACUGUCCGGCUUUGACAUGAUGUCCUAACUAACACUGUAAUAUUGUAACUGAAUUAUGUACGAUCCUAUGAUGAGAUAUCACUUCCUUUUCAUUCUUCCGGAAAAAAAAAAAAAAAAAAAACACAAAAAAAAAAUACAGUGUGAAUAAAGUAUAUGUAGUGUAUGCUUGUAUUUUGUGAGCUUUCAUGCUGUCAUUCUUUCCCAAUGUAUGGUGGUGAACUAUGGUGGAAAUGUGCGGUUCAUAUGCGGACCGGCCCAGAUCUGUUUAAACCCCCCCCCCCCUUCCCCCGUCCUUCUCCCUAUUUUUUUGUACACCCGCUCAUCAACCGUGACCGUGAAUAGUGAAUUUCAUUUACAUCCAUUCCCUUUCUGCCUUUGAUGCGACCUAAAUGGAAACAGUGGUAAUGUGUUUUGUUUAUAAAUCACAAAUAAAGUUUUCUUUCUUAAAAAUGA